UAGUCUUUGCACCAUUUUUCUAUUGAACCUUUUGAUAGUUUUCGUGUGCAUGCCAUCUAUCCCUCUGUUAAAAUUUUUCUCGAAAACUCUGCAAAGCACUUUGAACUGUGUUUUUAAGAUUACACACAAUCUUAAAAACACAGUCAAUCUUUUUCUUCUACUAUAACAUUUGAUGACUACUGCACUGGCUUAAACUGCACUGGCUUAAACUUCUCCAAACUAAAUGAAUAGUGCUGAUAUCCUCAGAGAUAGAUACUACACUCUAUUUUGCACAUUUUCACACACAUGCACACACACUUCCUGUGAAACUGUCAGGCCAACUGUGGUUUUCUCGUGUUUCUGUGUUCCGCCGCUCUGCUGAGCACCUCCGCAUAUUGAUUGCUGACCUCCCUCGGUGCUUGUCUUCUUUUCAGCCAUCAGACUUCAAAGAAACAAAAGUAAAAUCCAGUUCACCAAAAAGACAACUUUCUUCACCCGAUCUGAUUUAUUGCAGUUGGAUUACAGCUGCUGGAGAAGGCGUCAAAGUGUAUUUUCGUUAAAGUGUAUUUUCUUAGAAAGAAAUGAAGCAGUUGUGAGAAAGCAAAAGUAUUUUGGUGGAUGUCUCUGUCGCCUGCACGGUCCUCAACAUGGCAGAAGCUCCACCGGGGUGCUACCACGGAGCCCUCAGCAAGACGGAGUGUGAGGAUCUGCUGGGGAAGAAGAACAAGGACGGAGCUUACCUGAUCCGAGACAGCGAGACCAUCCAGGGAGCCAUGUGUCUGUGUGUUUAUAAACGGAAAGUGGUGUACACAUACAGACUGCUGAAGACGCACACUGGGCAAUACACUCUCAUGACUGCAGGAGGUGUAACGGAGACAUUUUUUAAGACUUUAGAUGAGCUGAUUCGUCACUUUAAAAGGAGGAACCAGGGUCUGGCCAUACACCUGCGACACUCCGUCAAAAGGAAGACGGCUCUGUUGAUCCACCCUCCAGACCCACCUGCAGCGCAGAUACAGCAGAUGCCUUUACAUGAAGAGGAUCACGACUAUGAAAAUGUUCCAGACGCAGACUACGUUGAAGUCUUGCCUCCAUAAAGAACUCGACUGUUAAUCAUCAAACACACCAGGAGACAUGUCGAUGGAAUAAGUUCUGAACUGUGGGUGGAUCAUGUUCACAAACUGGAUCACAUUAGGAAUUAUAAAUAAGGACAAAUGAACGGCGGAACAAGGCUCUAUGUCUGCUUAUCCUCUGACAGUAAUAGUUUAUUCUGGUUUUGUUGAUGUCAACCCUCUUCUGUCGUCGAGGCUGAAAUAUUUCAACAACCUUUGGAUGGAUUGUCAUGAAACUCGGUUCAGACAUUGAUGGUUCUCAGAGGAUGAACUGUACUCUUCUGUUCUUUUUUUUCUGGGCUGUAUCCUUUUUCUUUUUUUCUUUUUUACAUAUUUCAAAAGCUCAACAUGAAACAAACAUAAAGAAAGUACACAUCUUACCAGAUUACAGAAAGAACAAAAGUGCAAUAACACAUAUUUAUGAUCAUAUCAGGUACAAUCUUAUUUUGACAUGUCAAAAUGGAAAAAUAUGACAAUGACAUAUUUGUGAAGAAUACAAUGGGAAUCCUUUCUGCAACAAUCCAACCAGAUUACUGGGAAGAUAAUUUAAGAAGGGUUGCAAAAUAUUAUAAAAGAGGUUGUUAUUGCCCUUUCAUUUAGCACUGAGGUGUUCCAUAGGAAUGCGCUACAUGAAUUUAACAGCAGUGCCAUAUAGUGAUAGUAAGUUCCUGCUUCUCGUUUACCCUUCACACAGUGGGGAGAGCUACUCUCUCAUCAUCACCAUCUAAAAGAAAAAGCCACAACAUUUCGAUCACUCUGGACCUUUGUCAAGUGUGCAUGAUAAAUUCUUCAGUUCCCUCAACAUUAACACAGAUACAGGACGUCAUUUAUCAUAAAAAGGGAAAUAGAUUUCCUGUUGUUAAAAGCUUUAAAAUUAAAAUUGAGAAGAAAACUUUCAACAUAAUGCCCAACUUGGUGUAAACCAAGGAAGUGGUUGUGUGGAUGUGUAUUUAGUGUGCUAUAGGAUGAUGUUCUUUUUUUCUUAUUGGUUUUAAUACCUGCAAGACGAAUAACUUUGUAUUUAGUGCUACUUUGCUAAUUUUAGCAGGCAGACGCGCUAAAAGAUGUUUAACUUUGUAAAUGUUAAACUCAAGCUGCAACCUCCUGUGUUUUAAAAUGAAGCCAAUGUGGAAGUGAAAAAAACAGUUCUCGGAGUGUCCACUUGAGACUGUAAUGUCAUGUUAAAAUGUUUUUACCUUGGACAGUUAAUAUUAAUGGAUGAAGCCUGAGUGACGUUACUCAUCUGUUACUGUGCCGGAAAUACUGUCUCAAUCUAACUUUCAGUCAGUCUAACGACAGGCUGAGAGCUGGAGCUGAGGAGGAUUUGAAUCCUCCAUACAAAUCAUUACAUCACGCCCAGCUGUCAAUCAGGUCAGCUACUCGCUUAACUAUGGAUAACAAAUAUUCUUCAUAAAAUCAAAAUGGAUGCGUUAUAAAAAAAAAUGGCACCCCCAUACUGUGUGUUCUCAGGAGGAAAAUAACUAAUCAGACCAAUAUGUUUUUUGUACCAGGCUGUAAACAUGUUAAUUCUUGCUGUAAAAAGUGUCUUAAGUGGACCCUCCACAAACUGCAGGAUUUUGCUCUUUCACUGUUGCUGCUUGUUUUUUAACAGCAGAAAUGAUCAUGUUUCUGGCCUGCAUGGUUAAAAAAAAUGCAGCAUUUUCCCAGGAUUAGCUUUGGCAAGUUGUCAAUCUAUAAUUAACUACAUAUUUUUUUUUAUCUAUAAAUAAAUGAUGUAAUGGUACAUGA